AUGUUCAAAUUAAAUGGAGAUAUUCUUUAUCUUAUUUUCAAAGAAUUACAAAAUGAUAAAAAAACCUUUCUUUCAUGCCUUCCAGUUAAUAAAACUUGGUGUGAAAUAACCAUUCCGAUUUUAUGGAAAAAUCCUUGGAAAUAUUUGAUUGAAGAGUUAUUAUUAAUACUAUUAAAUGUUGUCAUUUCACAUUUGUCAGAUGAGUCAAGAAGUAAUUUGAAGAAUAAAGGGGUUCAAUUUUUGACAACUGUUUAUCAAAAACCUUUAUUUAAUUACAUUAGUUUUUGUAGAUAUUUAAAUAUAAAUGAUUUGGAUAAAAUGAUCAACGUUAUUAUUAUUGAUCCUUAUGAUAUUGACGUAUUUUUAAAUUUUAGAAAAGAAAUAAUUAGUCUUUUUAUUAAUGAAAAUACAAGAUUAACACACCUAUAUAUACCCAAAAAAUUUGAUUAUCAAAUAAACCUUUUUCCUGGAGCCAAGCGCUGUUUUUCAGAGCUUGAAUUUCUCAGCUGUAAUACUUGCAUCAAUGAUAAUGUUUUAAUUGGAUUAACAGAAAUAUGCAAUUCAGUUAAAAAAUUAGAACUUCUUAUUGAGAAGCAUAAUAACAAUUAUGGAAUUAAUAAAUUAAUUGAAAGUCCCAAAAAAUUAUUUAAUGUUUGUUUGAUAACCAAGGAAUUUUUUAAAAAUGAUAUAUUUUGUAAGGUUCUUGAAAAUUCGUUAGUUAAACAUGCGAAUACUCUACUACAUUUUAAGACAAAUAUACAACCUACCACAAAUAUCCUUUCAUCUUUUGUAAAUUUAAAUAGAUUAGAAUUAAGUGGUGAAUAUGUUGAAAGAAUGUCAGAGUUGAAGAAUAUAUCUUUACCAUUCCUACAAAUUUUGAAAGCUAAAAAUGUCUUAAUCAAGGUAUUAACGAGUCUAAUUAAUAAUACAAAUGGACAUCUUAUUGAAAUAAGUAUUGAUCACAUAUUCCGUAAUGAGAUUGAUAAUGAAAAAAUUAUUCAAGUUAUUUAUCAAAGUUGUCCAAAUCUUACAUACCUUAAACUAAUGUUUAGAAAUCGGAAUAUUUUAGAAUUAGAAAAUUUAUUAAAUAAUUGUCAAUAUUUAAAUGGAUUAUACAUUUUGGUUGAUAAUGAUAUUUGGGAUAGUAAUAAUGACUAUGAAUUUAAUUGGGAUUUGUUAUUUGAAGUUUUGACUAGGUCAUCACCAAUUAAUUUGUUUAAAUUUAAAUUCUAUUUUUAUGAGACACCUAAAUUAAAAUCUUUAAAAUUAUUCCUUGAUAAUUGGAUAGGCAAACAUUCUAUGCUAUUACAAACUAUUCAAGAUAUUUAUUGGGUGUCUAAAAUAAUUGGAGCCAAAUACUUUGAUUUAAUAGAAGAAUAUAAAACACAAGGAAUUGUUAAAAUGUAUAAUCAUAGUGUUCCGAAUGAUAAUAUUUUUGAAGAUUUUGAAUGGAUUCAAGAAAAUAUUUAA